CCAGCCCCCUUCCUGGCAGUGACAGCCCAGCUGGUGGUUACCACACUGCUCACCUGUGAAGCAAUCUUCCCGCGAGAGAGCUCAGUGCCCAGCUCAGGGGCCGCCUAUAAAUGCUGGGCCAGCACUGUGCUGUCAAACUCAUCUGUGUGGCUUCUCGCUUUGGCCCCCAGGCCUCGCUUCCCCACCGUGCAGAGAGAGUGCAGUAGGACCAUGGAGGAACAGUUGUCGCAGAUGGAAAAACACAUAGAGACAAUAAUCAACAUCUUCCACCAGUAUUCUGUGCGGCUGGAACCCCGAGACUCCCUGAGCCAGAAGGAAUUCAAACAGCUGGUGAAAAAAGAGCUGCCCAACUUUCUCAAGAAGCAGAAGAAGAAUGACAGAGCCAUAAACCAUAUCAUGGAGGAUCUGGACACGAAUCAAGACAAGCAGCUGAGCUUCGAGGAGUUCUCCAUGCUGGUGGGCAAGCUUACAGUAGCCUCCCAUGACAAGAUGCAUGAAACGGCGCCUGAUCCAGACAGCCCCGGCCACCACCACGGGCCAGGCUUCGGGGAUGGUCGCUGUCCCCCCGAGAGUGGUCAUGGUCACGGCCACAGCCAUGGUGGUCACGGCCACAGCCACUAAUCGGGAGGCCAGGCCACCCUGCCCCUGCCCAACUAGGGCCACAGGGCUAUCGUGCCAUGCUGCUUUAGCUGUGGGCUGAGGGGUGCAGGCAAAAUAAAGUUUUCCUGCUA